CUCUCGCCCAUCGGCAAAUCGUGGUCGCGAAGACCAUCCAUGACUCCAUCGCUGGCGUGGUCAUUCAGAGACUGCUAUUCAUAGAAUCCCACGCGUUGGGACUUUAGUCUUGUCAUCCCGAGACCGCUGUUGAUGGUAUUCUACGUGUCCCGAGUCUGCCAUAUGCGUAAAUCCAUCUGACCAGUCCGGGCAGUGUAACGGCGAUAGAGUGACAGAUUAACUUUUUCCUGCUUCUUUACCUAACUAGCGCGAUGGAAACCACAGAGCCUUGUUGGGCUACCCCUGUCAGCACUCAGACGAGAAGAUCUGGCCGGAGCGGUGGAGGUGGUGGAUGCAGCGCUGCGAACGUGCUGGUGACUCCUCCCGGCGGAAAGACCACACCCGUUCCACUCGUGAUACGCACAUGGAGAAGUUUGGACGCCUGUGGAGGCUCUAAUGUCGCUCAGACACUACCAUGAUGACAUCGGUAGCCAUGCAAUGGGUCCCGCCGAAUCGCAGUGUUCGAUCGUUAGCGAGCAUUUACCCGGGAGAUCUCUUUUCGCACAGACAAAUGUACUCUGGACACUGCCUGGUUUACAGUGACGUCGAGCCGACCUGAGAUCUUAUUAGAAUAGAUAGCCCAGGCCCAACCCUGUGAGCGAUUUGGAACUCUGAUCUGAUUGAGCUGAUAUAUCAGACGGUGGCUGCCAAAGACCCUACCGUGACUGCGCGGGACUUUCCAAUUCUGUUCAUCACACCCAACAAUCGGAUACCUCGAAAUUUGGUCGAGGCAUGGCGCGUUGGACUAGCACGAG